GUUGGAAGAAUCCAGGCAUUUCAAGUUUUGAGUAACGGGCGUCUUACAAGAUUACCGCACCUAAACUGGGAAGGCAGAUGCAGCUCUGAGCACCAGACUGGUGUGUGCACUGCAUGUACAUGAAAACACACAUGUUUCUGUCAUCACGUAGACUUUAUCUGGCACAUUCCUGAGAGCUUUGCAGUUGAUGAAAAUUAAUCUGAGAACCAGAUGGAGCACCUUUGCAGCACAGGAAUCCGUAAUCCAUGGAAAGACACCUGCCAGUAACGUUCAACUUUGCACAUGAACAGGUCUUCACGGCUGAAAAAAGUUUGCAAGAAGAGAAGGAAGAAACACCCUCUGCAGAAGAAGCCUAUUAAAUACCUCCACAAUCUAAAUCAAUAGCUGUGAGGGAAACAGAAAAAUCAAGAGGGCAGAGGAAACUCAUUUAGUUCUAGCAGAAGAAUAAUGGUCUUCGGCACGUUUUGCUUUGGGCUCAGUAGAUAGAUUGUGAAUGGACUAAUAAAUUGUGACCUGCUGAGUAAUGAUGACUAGAAGUAAAUAAGUUGAGGAACUAUGGGACAAGUCUGGGCACUGAACUGAGCAAACCUCACCAUCCUUGAGUUAACCAGGUCAUCAGACUUGCAUAUUCUUUCUCCCUCUCUUUUUUCCUCUUUUCGCUUGGUGUGGUAUAAAUACUAGCUAAUUGAGCUCAUAAAUGUUAUUCAAAUAAAACGAUUGGAAUACUUCAUAUGUUUCCUUCUUGUACAGCUGCAAAUGUUGUGUCUGGAACUAUGAAUCUGUGCUGUAGACAAGCAUCAAGAAGGAAAGAUCCGAUCAAACAAACAAGGAAAAUACCUAGAGAAAUAGAGAACCCAGGAAGUCAGAUUUUUAAUGCUGCUUCUCUUUCUUUUUUAGAUGAUUAUAAUUCUUCCUUCCUUGAAUUUUAGAAGAUUUUGAAAGAGUGCUUACUUGAUGUGCUUUAAUUCUGGCAUUUGUUUUUUAUGGUAGAAUGAAAAGUCUGUGAUUCCUUGUAGCAGAAAAAAACCAGAAAAGUAAAGGAAAAACAGCUUGACAUUUUAGCCUGUUUCACAGGAGAGAGAACUUCACGGUUCACCUGAGGCAAACUUAUCUACUUUGAAAGCUAAAAGCUUUAGAGCAUUUUGGAUUCUGCUAUAAAUGAAGAGAGGGUUCUUUUUCAUUCGUGUGUGGCAGCAAAAAGUGGGAAAGCAGGCAAGAUAGCGUGAUAAACAGUUCAGGCUGUGUUGGGUCUCUGGUGGAAAAAAAGUGCUGCAAUGAAAAUUGGAUUGGCUUUGGAUUGCAAAAACUUUUGAGUCCAACGAGCGGUUCAGUACCAAGAGGGAUUUCCCAACUGGCCUGGCACACCAGUGCCUGCACAAGUUCGGGUCUGUUGUUUCACACGGUUUGUGUGCCUUUUUUUCCCUUUAUGCAAUCUCUUUCAGCUUUAGCAGCAGAAAUACAUCAGAUGGAAAAGAUAUGCCAGAGGGCAGCUUGGAAAAGAGGAAGGUCAUAUAUAUACAGAUAUAUGUACGUGCGUGUGUUUAAAUUUCUGCAACUGAACUUUUGAAGAAAAUCUGACUGGAGGAAAUUUUAAAAGCCUUAAGUUACUUGAAACCUACAGAUUUGCAACUCUUUGUCUCUGGAAUUGCAUUACGCUAAACUGGAAUCUCAGGCUGUAUAAAGAUUAUAUCAAGUUGAGCAAAAAGAUGACUUAACCGUUUCUUGAGCGCCUCUUAUGAAGUAGCUGUUUCUCCAAAGGAUAAGUGCACCCCCACUCUACAGACUCAAAACAAAAAUGAACCUGAAUUUUUUUUUUAAGUGUUACUUUUUCUUAGCCAACUGCCAUCAUCUUUUAUAGAGGAAUUUUUCACUAUGCAUUUGGUGGAUAUUUAUAAACACUGACCCCAUCCUCCUCCCUUUCAAUGAUCUAUCCCAGGUCAGUCUUAUCAAUAAAAAAAAAAAAAAAAAAAAUUGAUUUAAAUUUUGUGCACUAGACAUAUUACUUUCUUAUGUCAAAAAAUAAAAUAUUUCAAAAGCAUGUAUGCAGCAGUGGAACAUGGGCCUGUUCUUUGCAGCGAUUCCAACAUCCUCUGCCUCUCCUGGAAAGGCAGAGUCCCCAAAAGUGAGAAGGAGAAACCGGUGUGCAGGAGGCGGUACUAUGAGGAAGGCUGGUUGGCAACAGGCAAUGGCAGAGGAGUUGUAGGCGUCACUUUUACUUCCAGCCAUUGCAGGAGGGACCGGAACACCCCUCAGAGAAUCAACUUCAAUUUGAGGGGCCACAACAGUGAGGUUGUGCUGGUGAGAUGGAAUGAACCAUUCCAGAAAUUAGCAACCUGCGAUGCAGAUGGAGGAAUAUUUGUUUGGAUACAAUAUGAAGGCAGAUGGUCUGUGGAGCUUGUGAACGAUCGUGGGGCGCAGGUAAGCGACUUUACAUGGAGCCAUGAUGGAACUCAGGCACUUAUCUCCUAUAGAGAUGGAUUUGUGCUGGUCGGUUCAGUCAGCGGACAAAGACACUGGUCUUCAGAAAUAAACUUGGAGAGUCAGAUCACCUGUGGCAUAUGGACUCCAGAUGACCAACAGGUUCUGUUUGGCACUGCUGAUGGACAGGUUAUCGUCAUGGACUGCCAUGGCCGAAUGCUGGCCCAUGUGCUCCUCCAUGAGUCAGAUGGCAUCCUCAACAUGUCCUGGAACUACCCCAGCUUCCUGGUGGAGGACAGCAGCGAGAGUGACACGGACUCCGACGACUAUUCCCCACCACAAGAUGGACCAGCUGCGUAUCCAGUCCCGGUACAAAACACCAAGCCACUACUUACUGUCAGCUUCACAUCAGGAGACAUCAGUUUAAUGAACAAUUACGAUGACUUGUCUCCUACUAUCAUCCGCUCAGGGUUGAAAGAUGUGGUGGUGCAGUGGUGCACACAAGGAGACCUGCUUGCAGUAGCAGGCAUGGAGAAGCAGAACCAGCUGGUUGACCUCAGCAAUGGUUCCCUGCUGAAAAGCGCACUUGUCAAGUUCUACAACGUGCGUGGGGAACAUAUCUACACUCUGGAGACACCUGUGCAGCGUCCCAUCAUCUCCAUCUGUUGGGGUCACAGGGAUUCCCGCCUGCUGAUGGCUUCUGGGCCCGCGCUGUACGUUGUCAGAGUGGAGCACAGGGUCUCCAGUCUGCAGCUGCUGUGCCAGCAGACCAUCGCCAGCUGUCUGCGGGAUGACAAGGACAUCAGCAAGCUGACCCUGCCCCCUCGGCUCUGCUCGUACCUCACCACUGCCUUUAUACCAACAAUCAAGCCUCCAAUCCCAGACCCAAACAAUAUGAGAGAUUUUGUCAGCUACCCAACAGCUGGUAAUGAGCGGCUUCACUGCACCAUGAAGCGGACAGAAGAUGACCCAGAGGUCGGUGGUCCAUGUUAUACUCUGUACUUGGAAUACCUUGGGGGAUUGGUGCCCAUCCUGAAAGGACGUCGUAUCAGCAAGCUGCGGCCGGAGUUUGUCAUCAUGGAUCCUAAAACAGACGGAAAAGCAGAUGAAAUCUAUGGAAACAGCUUGAUUUCCACUGUGAUUGACAGCUGCAACUGCUCCGACUCCAGCGAUAUCGAACUCAGCGAUGACUGGGCAGCAAAGAAAUCUCCAAAAAUCAGUCGAGCUAGCAAAUCACCUAAACUCCCCAGAAUCAAUAUAGAAGCUCGCAAAUCUCCAAAGAUGUCACGAGCUGCGCAGGAGAUCUCAAGAUCACCGAGGUUACCAAUAAGGAAACCCUCUAUUGGUUCUCCAAGCCUGACACGAAGAGAGUUUCCUUUAGAAGAUAUUACUCAGCACAACUACCUUGCUCAGGUCACAUCUAAUAUCUGGGGAACCAAGUUUAAAAUUGUGGGUUUGGCUGCUUUCCUACCAACUAACCUUGGUGCAGUAAUAUAUAAAACCAGUUUGCUGCAUCUGCAGCCUAGGCAGAUGACAAUAUAUCUCCCAGAAGUGCGGAAGAUUUCAAUGGACUACAUUAACAUGCCUGUCUUUAAUCCAAAUGUUUUCAGCGAAGACGAAGAUGAUUUACCAGUGCCCGGCGCCCCCGGCGCGCCCCCGCCCCUCGAUCUCUGCCUCAAGAAGGGGGAGUUCUCCCUCUACCCGGCGGGGCACUACCAGACGCCCCUGGGGUACGAGCGGAUAACGACGUUCGACAGCAGCGGGAAUGUGGAGGAGGUGUGCCGGCCUCGCACCAGGAUGCUCUGUGCCCAGAGCACCUACACCCUGCCGGGGCCCGGCAGCUCCGCCACCUUGCGCAUCACAGCUGCCGAGAAGAAGAUGCAGCAGCCCUGUGCCAGCGCCACCUUGAACCGGCUCACGGUCCCCCGAUACUCCAUCCCAACCGGGGACCCGCCGCCCUACCCUGACAUUGCCAGCCAGCUGUCCCAGGGCAGGAGCAUGGCGCAGAGGCUGGACAGCAGUAUCAUUCACGCUACUCUGCGCAGGAACAGCAGAGAGGCAGCCCUGAAAAUGGCUCAGCUGAUGGAUGGUCAGAGAGCCACCUUACAACUUCCCCCUAAGGCCAAGAGCAACAUUGUGUCAGCACAGUACCAGCAGAGAGUGCCCACAGCGUUGUACACCUGCAGCCAGUGCAGCAGUGGCGGCGCUGGCAGCAGCAGCAGCAGCAGUGUGAGCGCUGGUGGCGUGGCCAACAUCGCUAGCGCCAAUGCUGCCAGCAGCACUUCCAGUGUUGGUGGCAUGAGACCAGAUCUGAGCACAGGGGGUGGCUCCCAACACAGCUCUGUCAUUGCUCACUCUGUCAGUACUUCGCCUCUGGCCUCCCAGUCCUCCUACAGCUUGCUGAGCCCACCUGACAAUUCCCGUGACAGAGCCGAUUAUAUCAACUCCGCUUUCACGGAGGAUGAGGCCCUUUCUCAGCACUGCCCAGUGGAGAAAUCGGUACGGCACGUACCUGUGUCCUUGACAGAGGCUACCCUUAGUGUAAAACGCCCCCCUCCGUACCAGUGGGAUCCUAUGGUGAGCGAAGAGAUAUGGGUUCCUCAGGAAAGGACAUCUCAGAGCUCAGUGCCCAACCCUCUAAAACCUCCUCCACUCAUCAUUGGUCAAGCUCAACAUCUGGACAUGUCUCGAGUGCCAUUUGUUUCCCCCAAGUCUCCCACCAGUCCCACUGCCACUUUUCAGACGAGUUAUGGGGUUGGAGUACCUUACCCAGGAAGCUACAGUGCCCCACCCCUUCAGGGAAUGCAGGCCCCCUGCUCCCCCAAAGAAGCUCUGGCCCCAACACAGUUUGCACAGCAGGAGCCCACAGUUGUGCUUCAGCCAGGUUAUCCAUCCAACCUCUCCUAUUGCCCUUUGCCACCCAUGUACCCGGGAAGUAGCACUUGCUCUAGUUUACAGCUGCCACCGAUCGCCUUGCACCCGUGGAGCUCCUACAACGCCUGCCCGCCCGUACAGAACCCCCAGGGCACCUUGCCCCCCAAGCCGCUCCUUGUGGUGGAGAAGCCGGUGAUGUCUCCCCCACCAGCAGAGCUGCAGGGCCAGGUGGGCACAGAGGUAAUGGUAGAGACGGCAGACACUUUCCAGGAGGUGCUCUCCUUGACAGAAAGCCCUGUUCCUCAAAGGACAGACAAAUUUGGCAAGAAGAGCCGGAAGCGCCUGGACAGUCGAGCCGAGGAAGGAAAUGUGCAGGCUAUCACUGAGGGCAAAGUUAAAAAGGAGGCAAGGACACUGACUGACUUCAAUUCACUGAUAGCCAGCCCUCGGCUGGGGAGAGAGAAGAAGAAGGUCAAGAGCCAAAAAGAUCAGCUGAAGUCCAAGAAACUAAACAAGACAAAUGAGUUUCAGGACAGUUCAGAGAGUGAGCCGGAGCUUUUUAUCAGCGGAGAUGAACUGAUGAACCAGAGCCAGGGCAGUAAAAAGGGUUGGAAAACUAAAAGGAGUUUGAGGACAGCCAGUGAGCUGGAUGAAUUCAAGUGCCGGAAGGCCAGUGAGAAGGAGGAUGGGCGACUGGGAAGCCAAGGCUUUGUGUAUGUGAUGGCCAACAAGCAGCCACUGUGGAACGAGGCAACGCAAGUCUACCAGCUGGACUUUGGAGGGCGGGUGACCCAGGAGUCGGCAAAAAACUUCCAGAUUGAGCUGGAAGGACGACAGGUGAUGCAGUUUGGAAGAAUUGAUGGCAAUGCUUACAUUUUGGACUUUCAGUAUCCAUUUUCUGCAGUGCAAGCCUUUGCUGUUGCUCUGGCUAAUGUGACUCAACGCCUCAAAUGAAAAAGCAGAGACUGGAGAGAGGAAAAUGUUAACCUUCUCAUAAAGUCCAAACCGGAAAAUGUCAGGGCAGCCUGCUUUAGGUGUGCAGAGAUGCCUGGGAGCUGAGGAGGCAGUAAAACUGGAAAAGUCUCUUGGUGCCCACCAGAAGGGCAUUAACUCUAACCAGUCACGGGGUGGAGGGUGGGGGGCUGUUUUCUGUUUGUUUGUUUGUUUGUUAGCUUGUUUGUUUUCCGGUUUCUUUUUCUUUUCAAGCGUUGUGCUGGGUCUCAGAAAGAGCGAAGGGUUGAGAACCAUUCAGUGUUACGUGGAGAAGUGUGGCUUUUGGCUUGUUGUGGUGGUUCUGCUGUGUGUGCUACAGUAGCUGAUGUAAGCUCAUGGGGGGAUUAAAACAGACUGCUCUUUUUGAUA